GGCGGAGAAGGAGUUCGGGAGUUCAAAAUGGCCGCGGCGACGAUGGUGGAGUCAGGGCUGACGGGUCCCGGAAUUGAAGAUGCUGAUAUUUCAGAAAGAAGUGCAAAUGAAGAAAAUGGGGAAAUUUCAGAAGUAGAGCAACCUCCAAACAAGCACAGCAGACAUAAAAAAAAGAAACAUAAACACAGAGGAAAGCAUAAGAAACACAAACAUUCUUCAGAAGAAGAUAAAGACAAAAAGCAUAAACAUAGACACAAGCAUAAGAAACAUAAACGAAAGGAAGUUGUUGAUGCCUCCGAUAAAGAAGAUGGGCCAGCAAAAAGAACUAAAAUUGAUUUCUUAGCCCCUCUAGAAGACUUGGAAAAACAAAGAGCGUUGCUAAAGGCUGAACUUGAAAAUGAGUUAAUGGAAGGAAAAGUUCAAUCUGGGAUGGGAUUAAUAUUGCAGGGUUAUGAGUCAGGUUCUGAAGAAGAGGGAGAGAUCAAUGACAAGGUUAGAAAUGGGACUAGAUCUGCAACUAAGUCCUCAAACAUUAAGGGAAAACAUGAGAUUGCAGAUAAAACUAUUUCAAAGAAACGGAGUAGAAGUAAAUCAAAAGAACGGACUCGACACAGAUCUGAUAAAAAGAAAAGCAAGUCAGGAGUUGAUGGAGUCAAAGAGAAAACAACUAGAAGUAAGUCAAAAGAAAGAAGAAAAUCCAAAAGCCCUUCUAAAAAAACCAAGUCACAAGACCAAGUAGGAAAAACAAAAUCGCCAACCCUUAAAAGGCGCUCUCAAGAGAAAAAUAAGAAGUCCAAAUCUCCUCCUGAGGACAAGACUAAAGUAGAAGAGAAGACUAAAUCAAGAGAUCAUAAAAAAUCUCCAGUUGUUAGUGACAGUAAAAGCAGAGAUCGUGGCAAAAAGUCCAAAUCUCCAGUAGAACAAAGAAGCAAAUCCAAAGACAGACGAUCAAGGUCCAAAGAUCGAAAAUCCAGGAGACUGGACAUGGAUAAAGAAAAGAAACCUACUAAAUCUCCUUCUAAAGAUGCUUCAUCAGGGAAAGAAAACAGGUCUCCUGGUAGAAGACCAGGCCGCAGCCCUAAAGGAAGAAGUUUGUCUCCAAAACUGCGUGAUAAGCCGAGACGCAGUAGAUCGCCUCUUGUUAAUGAUCACCGAUCUAAGCAGAGUGAAUCACCAUCUCGAAUCAGGUCUCCGGGUAGGAGAGCAAAGAGCAGGUCAGCAGAGAGAAAAAGAAGAGAAUCAGAAAGGAGGCGGUUUUCCUCACCAAGAACGCGAAAUAGAGAUGAUAUCCUCUCUAGACGUGAGAGAUCAAAAGAUGCCAGCCCACCUAGGUGGUCCCCAUCCAAAAGAAGAUCCAGAUCUCCUAUUAGGCGAAGAUCUCGUUCACCUCUUCGCCGUAGUCGGUCUCCAAGAAGGCGUAGUAGAUCUCCUCGGAGAAGAGACAGAGGUCGACGAAGUAGAUCUCGUUUUAGGAGAAGAUCCAGGUCACGUGGUGGCCAUAGAAGGAGGAGUAGGAGCAAAAUAGAAGAUAAAUUUAAAGGAAGUCUUUCUGAAGGAAUGAAAGUUGAGCAAGACUCUUCAUCAGAUGAAAACCUUGAAGACUUUGAUGUUGAAGAAGAAGAUGAAGAAGCUCUCAUAGAACAGAGAAGGUUACAGAGACAAGCAAUCGUGCAGAAAUACAAAUACUUAGCUGAAGACAGUAACAUGUCCAUGCCAUCUGAACCAAGCAGUCCUCAGAGCAGUACCCGCAGUCGCUCAAAUUCACCUGAUGACAUUCUAGAACGGGUAGCUGCAGAUGUUAAAGAGUACGAGCGGGAAAAUAUGGACACUUUUGAGGCCUCGGUGAAGGCCAAGCACAACCUCAUGACUGUUGAGCAAAAUAAUGGUUCAUCUCAGAAGAAAAUCACAGCACCUGACAUGUUCACAGAAUCGGAUGACAUGUUUGCUGCAUAUUUUGAUAGUGCACGCCUUAGGGCUGCUGGCAUUGGAAAAGACUUCAAAGAAAACCCUAACCUCAGGGAUAAUUGGACUGAUGCAGAAGGAUAUUAUCGUGUUAACAUUGGUGAAGUUCUAGAUAAACGUUACAAUGUGUAUGGUUACACUGGGCAAGGAGUUUUCAGCAAUGUGGUGAGGGCCAGAGAUAUGGCAAGAGCAAAUCAAGAGGUGGCUGUCAAAAUCAUCAGGAACAAUGAGCUUAUGCAGAAAACUGGUCUAAAAGAAUUGGAAUUCUUGAAAAAACUCAAUGAUGCAGACCCAGAUGACAAGUUCCAUUGUUUGCGGUUGUUCCGGCACUUUUAUCACAAGCAGCACCUCUGUCUAGUAUUUGAACCACUCAGUAUGAAUUUGCGAGAGGUUCUAAAGAAGUAUGGAAAGGAUGUUGGUCUCCACAUAAAGGCUGUACGAUCCUACAGUCAGCAGCUAUUUUUGGCAUUAAAACUUCUGAAAAGAUGUAACAUCUUGCAUGCAGAUAUAAAACCAGAUAAUAUUUUGGUAAAUGAAUCUAAAACCAUACUAAAGCUUUGUGAUUUUGGAUCAGCUUCACAUGUAGCUGAUAAUGACAUCACGCCGUACCUUGUCAGUCGAUUUUAUCGUGCUCCUGAAAUUAUUAUAGGCAAAAUCUAUGACUACGGUAUAGAUAUGUGGUCUGUAGGCUGUACAUUGUAUGAACUUUACACAGGAAAAAUAUUGUUUCCUGGGAAAACCAAUAACCAUAUGUUGAAGCUUGCUAUGGACCUCAAAGGAAAGAUGCCAAACAAGAUGAUCCGAAAAGGUGUGUUCAAAGAUCAACACUUCGAUCAAAAUCUCAACUUUAUGUAUAUAGAGGUAGAUAAAGUAACAGAAAGGGAAAAAGUAACUGUCAUGAGCACCAUUAAUCCAACAAAGGAUCUGCUAGCAGAUUUAAUUGGGUGCCAGCGCCUCCCUGAAGACCAGCGUAAAAAGGUGUGUGUGCGUGCAGGCCACGGCAGCAUGCCCUUGGUGUAGUCAGUGCCGAAGGGGGUCUGUUCCUUCUUGAGCCUGCCCGCAGGGAUGGUCUCCUCUUUUAAAGCAGGUUGUGUACAACUUUCAGUACACUGAAGGUAAGCUAAACCAUCAACAUCACUGGUGUUUAAGUUACUGUACUGGGACAGCUGACAAAAGGAGGGUCAAUAGCUUUGUAGCAGAAUUCCCUGCAUGUUUGAUAAACGAGCUUGUUUUUUGUUUUCUGGCAUUACAACUGUGGCAUAAAUUCCCACUUCUGUUUGAUCAUCACAUUAAAAAAAAAAGGGGGAGGUGUGCACUUGAUGGAGAGAGCGCCUUCAGUGUACUGUUUAUUACCUUCGUUUUUUUAAAAAAAAAUCAACUAGCUAGGAAUAUAGACUUUAUAUACAUUUUGUUAAAUACCGUUCACUAUGGCAUAGACCCAGAGCUAAGAGAAGAGUUUUCAUUUACUAACAACAAAUAUUGAACUCCGAUUCCAAAAGUCCUUAUCUCAUGGCCAGAUAGAAAACACCGUAAUAAACUUUUUAGCUAUUUGUAUGUCAUUGAAAGUGUACUGCUUUAUGCUAAAGGUGUUUUUAAUUUGUUCAUUGUUUUCAUUAUUUGUGAUCAUGUUGUCUUUCAAUACAGGCAUAAACCUUCCACUCUUGAACAAAGCAGCUGCUUUUUAAAAGCGGUAAUUGCUUCUUUACCUUUUAUUUCUUUUGUAAAUGAAGCUUUCUUUAAGAAAUGUGACUUUAAAGUGUUGUCUCUUGCAUAAAACAGUUGACAUUCACUUAUUGUGAAGUGAAGAUUGUUCUGCUGCAUGUAAAGUGGACCAUGCAGAUUUCUGUAUGUUUUCAGUAUGCAUCAUUAGAUAAUAAAGUCUUUUGUGAACAAGG